AUAAAAUAGAUUAUGUUUAUCAUUAUUAAUAAAAUAUGAACGACACUAAACCGCUGUUAGAAGAGGUUCUGAAAGAUGCUUUUAUGUAUCUACAAGAACCUCUAUUAUUUCAAAACAUGUUGCGAAAUUCUGACGGUUCCUAUGAGUGGAAAUUGCUUGAAUGGGAUUUCUCGGAGUUUGCUGAAAAAUUGGGAAAUUUGAAGCUACCGUUUCGAGUUGGUUAUAAUAGCAGACUUAUGAAUCCUCAGUGGGAAAGACAUUGUCUUAUAGAAUAUAUGACAUUGCAAGAGUUUGCUGAAAAUAUAAAAGAAUUAAAGGAUAAAAGAUGGUAUUACUUUGAUUAUAAGUAUAUGCACGAGUGGUUUGACGAUAAGUCAGAAAUUCUGACUUCGUUAAGCUGGUGCAAGUUUGGGAUUGACAAAGAUGGAUCUGAUUCUACUCUGUGGAUUGGAAGCAAAGGUGCUCAUACCAAUUGUCAUCAAGAUUCCUAUGGUUACAACUUAGUAGCUCAAAUACAUGGCAGGAAAGAAUGGUUGCUUUUCCCACCAAGGUCGAGCAAUUUUUUAGAACCAACAAGAAUUCCUUAUGAAGAAUCAACUAUAUAUAGUAAAUUUAAUUUCUUUUGCCUGAGUAAAGAGAAUGAGAAGAAAAUACUGGAUAUGCCAUAUAAACCGAAAGUGAUAAUUCUUGAACCAGGAGAUGUUUUAUUUGUGCCUUGGGGCUGGUGGCAUUAUGUUGAAUCUUUGAAUCAUAGCAUGAGUAUUAACAUAUGGAUACCAUUAAAAGAAGACAGUAAAGCACGUCUCAAGGAAGCUCUUGUUAAAUUGACAGUGGCUAGGAUUGGAGGCCAGAAAUAUCUCACAUCUGAAGAUAAAGAUGAUGUAUCUUAUUACACAGAGCUGGUUGAUGCUGUUCUUCGAGAAUGUCAAAGCAAUAUUGAAAGUGCAACAGAAUUUUCUCCUGCAAAAAGAGUAAAAUAUACCAUGGAAGAUUUAGUUACGCAAUAUCCUAAAUAUAUUAAGCCAUUACAUGAUUUAAAAGAUCAUGGAUUACAAAAGUUCCUUCAAGAAAAACGAGAAAGAUUUCCAGAAAAUGAUUUUAAUCAAGAGCUUGAAAGAUUGAUAAAUAUUAAAGCAAUACCUCCACUUAGAACAUCUUUGGAAUCUAUUAUCGAUGCAUUAUGUCAUCCAGAUGUAGUUAAUAAAGCAGCAGAAUUACUAUUAAAUAACACGCAAAAAUAAUAAGAAAUUUUAUUGCAUACUUGAAAGUGAUAAUUAACAUCGCCAGUUUAAUUACAUAUAUUUAUAUAGUAUUAUGUAUUCUUUCUUUUUUAUUAUUCUUUUAUAUAAUUUACUUUUUAUAUGCUUACAUAUGAAACAGAUUUAUUUUUUCUUUAGAUUAUACAAUUUGAAAGUAAAGGUUGUUUGACUAAUGGUUCUGUCAUACUACUUAAGAGUAAAGCACGGCUGACUUGACGUUGACUUAUACUACGACCUCGAUUUCUCGUUAGGAACAAUGGUGAUUCAUAGCGGAGGUUUCGAAAUUAAUAAACUCGCAACAAGCGUAAAAAAGAAGCAAGGAAGUAAACAGGAGAAACAGAUGAAAACUACAAAGGGAAAUGAUGCUGUCAUAAAUAAAAGGUAUAGGAAUGAGGAAGAUAGUUCAGAUGAGAAUGAAGCUGGGACUGCAGAAAUUACUAAAGAAUAUGAAAAUGAAGAGGGAAUACUCGGAAUUUUAAAGACAUGUCCACUGUUGAAGAUGAAUCAAUGGCAACAUAUAAGAGCCAAGAAAAUCUAUCAAAAGUACCUGUUAAAGCAGAGCUCGGAAUUAGUUGCCCAUUUCGACCGAUUCUCAAGAGCUACGUCUUCUAUCUUCCCCUUGCCACGAGCGGGUCACAAAAGUGACGGUCGAGCGUCCAAGCUUGAAGCUGCAACUGGCCGCGACCGUCAUUUUCGUGACAUGUGUUAUUUCAUGACACAUUUGUAACUAGCAAGUUUAAUUCUACAAUUAGACAAUAUGUUGUAUCACACAUAUACAUAGUUAUGGUACAAUACAAAUUUCCUAUAUUUAUAUUUUACAAAUAAAUAAAAUAAUUUAUCAAAAUA